AGUCAGCCAAAGCCAGCCUUGUGCGUCGUCACGAUCCUAGCAGAAAAUCACGUUAAUAUCUCAGAGUAGGGAGAGCCCUCGGAAUACACUUACCGCGCCUGUACAUGCCACCAGUUCCGGUAAAACAACUGAUACAAAUGAAUCAAUUCUCAUCUGCAGCGAGACUCAGAAAGCCCGAAUUGCGCCAGGCACUUUGCAAAGCGUUCCCGAAUUCUGCGGCCCGUCGAGCUCCGAAUUUGCCUUCAAAGCCGUUAGCAGUAACCUCAGGGAGAUGGGCAUGCCUUCUGCUCUUCUUAGCAAGCUGAGUUGUGAUUCUGGUGGCAUUGUAGAGGUCCCAUCCCACUUCUCGAAUUAUGGCCCUUUCAUAAAGCUUGCAACCAUGGAUCCUUUGUGGGAUAUACCUAGAACGGAGGCUAUUAAUCUUGCUAAGAAAUGGUUUACUAAUAUGGGCAGGCUUUACCCUUUUCUGCACGAGGACAAGCUCAUAGCUACGAUCGACAGAGUAUAUACAGUAAUAGGACCCAUCGGUACCGGGACACACAUUCAUAGAAGAGAGCUAGCGACAGGUGCUCUUUUGAAUGACGAGACUAACAAGCUGAAGAUUGUCCUCGCUGUUAGCAAAGUAAUGGAGAAUGGUGGUAGAAACGAUCAGGCUCAGAGGCUGUUUCAGAGUACAACAGAAGCAGUGGAGAGCCUGAUAUGGAACCCAAGUGGCAUCAGCGGCAUACAGCUGUUGGUAUUGACUGCCAUUUACCAUUAUCAACUUGACGAUGAAGUACGAACUGGCAGGAUGAUUGGGCUUGCGGCCAGACUUUGCUUGGAGAUAGGACUACAUCGACAUACAACUAUAAAGAAGGUGUUUACGAAUCGGGAGGAUCAAACGACUGCGUUGAAUGUCUUUUGGUCUGUAUACAUGCUUGAAAGACGUAUUUGCAUUGGCCAGGGCAUUCCUUACUCUGUUCAAGACUCUUACGUGGACCAGUCGCUAUUUCUGCAGGACAAUUCGGACCCUGUACUCCACUGUCUGCUCCAAUGGACUAAGCUCGUAGGUCGUGCAUGGAGAGUCAUGAAUAUUGACGGAGAGAGCGGAGCAGAGGUGCACGAGGAUGAUAUUGAGCACCUGGAUGUCAAGGCUAGCCAGUGGUAUGACGAUCUGCCACAACCCUUGAAGCUCGACGCAAGCCAUGGUCGAAGCGAACCAUUCUCAACGUCCCUCUUCAUCCAAGCAGCUCUGUAUCUUCGCCAGAGUCUCCUUCGGAACUUGAUAUUCCGGCCUGUGCUGCAGUCUAUAUCUCGCAUCCGCCAACACGAAACCAAGGCUCAUGCCGCAGUAGCCCUGGCCAAGGACGCGAUCUCCACGCUUUGCAGACUAAGUACUCACAGAACCUUGAUAUUCGCCCAUGUGCUCUUCUUCAAACACCUUCUAGUUGCAGCAUUUGGAAACAUUCUGCUCGCAGUUGUACAUGCCCACGGCCUGUUCUGGAAUACCGUGCAAACGGAGUUUGACCAAGCGCUUGAUCUUGUUGAGCUUCUCAGCAUAAGGUCACCCCCGAUGCUCCGGUUAUGGCAGCGACUGCAGGGUUUACGAGAGCUUCCCGAAAGGUUGAACAGCGUGCUAAAUCCAGCCUUGCCAAGUGAACUUCAGACACGACCUGACGAAGACCGUGGAAGGGAUUGUUCUUUGCCGGGCUCACCAAUUGAUCUAAUAUUCAACUCGACACUGCCCUUUGAUUCCUUGUCCGGAGACUUCAUGUUCUCAUCUGAAUUGGGGCUUGGGGUUGAUGGAUUCCCUGAUUUUUCAUUUCUUCUACAUGAAUCCCUCGAAUGAAGACGUUACCCAAGUAUAGGAGCUUACUCUAUAUAGCAAGCUGUUUAGCAAUAAUCACUGA